AUGAAAUUAAUAAUAUUAUUAAUAAUUUCAAUUAAUAUUUUGAAUUUAAAAUUAAUAAAUGGUCAAAAUGGUGAUAAUUUUCCAUUUUUUAAUUGUAUUGGUAAUUUAGAAUAUUUAGGAGUUGAUAAAGUUCAGCCAUUUGGAUUUAAUACAGAUCCUUAUGUUUUACAAUGGGGAGAGAGUGUUAAUAAUACAUUUCCAGAGGUAUUGGUUGAAAUUAGUGGUGAAAACAAUCCAUUAUUAGUUGGUAAUUUACAUCCAUAUGAAAAAUUAGAACGUGAAAAUGCUCCAUUCUUUGAUGUCGCAGGUAAACAAGAUAUUAAAUCCUUGAUGCAUUAUACUUGUGGUAAAAAGGAAUCCUCUGUAACUUUUUCAUUUAGAGAACAGUUUGAAAAGAAGAAGGAAUUUAUAUUACUUGUGUUUGGAAUGACACCAAAUGCUGUUUUGAAUAUUAAAGCCUACGAUUGGUCAGGUCAAUUAUUGCCAGGUACAACAUGGCAAGAAUUGGAACGUGGUCUAUUACACCAUGGUCAAAAGGAUAUCGUGAGAUUACAAUCAAAUUUAAAUGUUGGUAGAGCUUCUGCAAACUUGAAAUGGACUGGUGGUUCUUUGACCACUUAUGAUAUCUUUUAUCCAUCAAUUUCUUCAAGUAAAAUCAGUAAAGUUGAAUUAUUAUUAUCUCAUAGUUGUAGUGCUCCAGAAUGCAAAGGUAUAACUUUAUUUUACUCUUUAAUUGCAAAUGAUCUAUGUUAUAAACAAUCUCCAUCCAUUGAUGUCACAUUACCACCAACUGCCAGACCAACUCAAUCACCAAUUCCAAUUUCUGCUUCUUCUUCAGAAGAAGUUGAUUCAUCCUCCUCAGAGGUUUUGACUUUCCCACCAACUCAACCACCAACUCAACCACCAACUCAACCACCAACUCAACCACCAACUCAAACUCCAACCGAAACACCUGAAACUCCAAUUGAUACCACAACUGGAAAUUCAAAUGAUGUUCCAAAUCCAAUUAGAGAUGGUGAUGAUGAUAUUACAAUUACAAUUGUUCCAUUGAGACAUAGAGCAACUAGACCACCAUAUAGAGGAAGAAGAUCUCAACCACCAACUCAAACUAUUCCAUCUGCUUGGGAUUAA